GAGCGUUGCCAACAUGACAGAACUUGCCAAGAAUCCCAUGACCAAGACAACAUUGGACUAUUUGUGGACCAAGCGGUUUUACCACUACGGACAAGUUAACCCUCCUCUCGCAAGUUAUGGCGGAACCAUAGAAGAUGUAAACGUCAACUGUGCCAAAGGACUACAGAUGCUCUUCGAUUUGAUGAAAGACAAACAUGACAACGUCAAUCGGCCAAGUUACAUUAUACUCUCCUUCCCUUUGUAUUCUCCGGGAAAUUUUCCUGCAAUUGGCAAGGCACUAAGGAAUCUUUCAGUGGACAUAUUUAUUGCUGUGGGGUACCACUCGUAUGGAGACAACAAUUUCGUCGACUGCCGUAUGGUUUCACCAACCUUGCUGAACAAGCAACUUCUCCCACCCGACAUCUACAGUAUCUAUAGCGUCCGUCUGGCCGAAGUCAUGAGCAGCUUGACGGUGAACCCCGCGGCGUGGGCACCAACUACUUCGUUUGGCGUGUCCGUUGGCAUGCAAGGUCGUUGGUAUAAGCCAAAGGACCGAGACUACGACCCCAACGGGCCCGGGAAUUACCAGCUUGGCAAGCCGUGCGGAAAUGAAUUACCUCUUGGGUUCACGAAGCAGACAUCAGACAUUAUAUGGGCCUGUCGUAACCAUGGGUACAACAGGACAUUCAAGAUCGACCAGACGUUCCAGGCGAUGGUGGGGUACGAUAAGCAGUUCGGUUUUCUCUUCACCUUCGACACAGCUGAAACACUUCGGUCAAAGUUGUGUGAAGCGAAGAGCACCGCCCCAGCUGCGAAGUUUUACAUCGCUGCUGCCGCCAUCGGAGCUGAAGACCACGUUAACGCGUGCGGAUUCGGAGCGUUGGCACGGCUGCGCAUGCUCAAGGCUCUCACUUAUUUCUUUGCGUACAACUACACCUCAGCUGCGCAAAAGUCAGCAUGCCUCCUGGUCAACCCUUAGUGAGAGCGAGACUGAUAAGUCCCUUCGCAGUGUCUACAGCCUACGCUACCAUUAUUUUCAGGUCUUUUUUUUUUUUGUCCGAUGGUGAGGAAAACCGGCAGCGGUUUUUCAUGCCCAGAUCGGUUAGCAAUAAAAUUUCCUGAGGAGAUAAGAAUCUUGUCAACACUUAUGGGAGAAGCUUUAUUUGGCGAACGGCGCAAACAUAAGCUUCUACGUUGCACCAUCUCCUAGGAAACUGCUUUUCGUCCAAUCUCACUGGUACGUGCAAAGCCUCUUGCGAUUGGAUAAGGCGUUUUAGGACAUUCCGCAAUUUCUUUGUAGUUCUAGGGGAACAAAAAACAAAAAGAAAUGAUUGCGAAUAAUUACGACAACGCAAUCACGUGUCAUAAUUACUGUGUAUUGCGAGACAAUUCAUAGUUAGUCCAUUCCAUAUAAUGAGG